UAUUACAUCAUAAAUGUUGCCAACUGAAAUCUGAUCUGAGAAUAACAUUAACGGGAAGGAGGCACCAGGAAGAGGGGAAAGGAAAGAAGGGAGGGAUUGAUCAAAGAAAGUUCCGUCUGCGAAAAUUGGGGAUUUGUUAAGGGCGUGGUCUGCUGUUGUGUGUGUUUGUGUGUCUUUGCACACCCUUGCGAGUGUUUGCGUGGUGUGUGUGUCAGGUCUUUCUUGUUUCUUCUCUGUCAUUGAAAAGUCCUGCUGUAGUGCCUGGUUUGCUUUGUUUACAGAUUGUGAAAUUUGGCUCACGCAUGGGUGGGCUAGUUGAAAAGUUCAAAGGUUGCUGACUGCUCAGUAUAACUUGGGAGACUGUAGUCCCAGCCAGGGAAGGAACUUUCACCUACACCACACGGUAUGGGGUAAGUUGAGUUGUGUGUAACGAUCUCCUUCAUCUGAGGAACAGGAAAGAUCGGACCAAAACGCAGAGUGAUACACCGGUGGCUCAACUUACCCCUUUGGCUCAACUUACCCCACUCUCCUCUACCCAUUGUUUCAAAUAACACCGCUGACCCUCACUAGCUUGCGAAAACUGUAAAGAUGGAGCCAGUCUCUCUCCCACCGCAGUCCCGUGUCGCCCUCUGCGGCGGCACCCAUGGCAACGAGAUGUCGGGCGUGUAUCUGGUGAGGGAGCUGCAGAAGUUGGAGAAGGUAGGGUCGGCGACCUUGACCACAGUCAUAUCCAACCCGCGUGCCGUUCAAAUGUGCAAACGCUACACCGACGUGGACCUCAACCGUUGUUUCACCGACGCCAUACUCAGUUCACCUGUGACGGACGCCACUCCGUACGAGGUGAGGCGAGCCCAGGAGCUGAACACUCUACUGGGGCCCAAGGGCAGCGCGGGGGCCAUGGACCUGGUGUGUGAUCUCCACAACACCACAGCCAACAUGGGCCUCAGUCUCAUCUCCUACUCUGCCCAAGACUGGGUCAUCCUGCACAUCUAUAGACAAAUCCAGAGGAAGAUCACCUCGGCGCCAGUGAGGUUUAUCCUGCUGGAUCUACCACUAGCUGACGCCUACUCCCAGGACUCCCUGGGCAAGCAUGGCUUCUCGAUAGAGGUGGGACCUCAACCCCAUGGUGUGGUCAGAGCCGACAUCUUCAACAUCAUGAAGGAGGCAGUCGACUAGACACUAGAUUGGGUCCAGUGCUUCAACUCAGGAAGUGCCUUUGAAGGUGGCGAGGUGGACGAUGUGUACACCUUCGUGAAGAGUAUAGACUACCCAAGAGACCCAGAGACCAAUCAAAUCACUGCUGCCAUACAUCCCCAACUACAGGACCGUGACUUCUGCCUCCUCCAUCCGGGAGAUCCCAUGUUCCUGAUGUUUUCCGGGGAGAUAGUGAAGUACGAAGGGGUAGAAGUCCUCCAUCCCUACUUUGUGAACGAGUGUGCGUACUAUGAGAAGAGCAUCGCAUUCCACCUGGCACGAAAGAUGACACUCACUAUCCCCCCCUUGCGAGUGAAGAGAGAUUGAUGGGGAGGAAAAGAGAGACCAUUUGAAGAGCGGGAGAAUUAAAGGAAAAACACGCACAGAGCCUUAAGAAGCACUUACUAGUCUAACCUCAUUUUCAAUUGAUUUUUUAUUAUAUUGUUUUUAGUCAUCACCAAAUAUUCUCAGGAAUACUGUAUGUGAAAGGAUGCACGGUUUAAUGCCAUAAUCUAGUAUUUCAAUUAAACAUGUACAUUUUCUGUUUAA